AUGGCCGGCGGGGCGGCGCCGCUGGGGCCCGAGCUGCUAGACUUCCAGCGGUUCCGCGCGUCCAGGACCCAGCCGCUCGCCUACGGCUACGGGCGCGACCUGCGCGAGCUGCGGGAGCGCGAGUUCGGCCGCCUGGCAGGAACCAUUUACCUGGACCAUGCAGGAGCCACGCUGUAUCCACAGAGCCAGCUCAUAAGCUUCAUGAGUGAUCUCCUGGGAAACAUCUAUGGUAAUCCUCACAGCCAGAACAUCAACAGCAAGCUCACCCACGACACCGUGGAGCAGGUGCGCUACAGGAUCCUGGCGCACUUCCACACCUCUCCGGAUGACUACAGCGUGGUGUUCACGUCGGGGUGCACAGCUGCUCUCAAGCUGGUUGCCGAGGUCUUCCCAUGGGUUCCCCAGAGCCCCGAAAGCUGCGGGAGUCGGUUCUGCUACCUCACCGACAGCCACACGUCUGUGGUGGGCAUGCGAGAGGUCACCAAGGCCAUGGGCGUCCCUGCUGUCCCCAUCAGGCCAGAGGACGUGCGCUCUGCAGAGCCUGGGCAUGCAGCAGCCCCGGGCCCCGCCAGGGGACCCCCGCACCUCUUCUGUUACCCUGCGCAGAGUAACUUUUCGGGAACCAAGUACCCGCUCUGCUGGACGGACCUCAUCAGGUGCGGGCACAUGCGCCCGGGUGAGGAGCCCGGAACCUGGUUCGUGCUGCUGGACGCCGCCUCCUACGUGAGCACCUCGCCGCUGGACCUGUCACAGCACCAGCCCGACUUCGUUCCCAUCUCCUUUUAUAAGAUCUUCGGCUUCCCCACCGGCCUGGGGGCCCUGCUGGUGAACAGCCGCGUGGCCCCUCAGCUCAAGAAAACCUACUUUGGAGGCGGCACCGCUGCUGCCUACCUCGCAGCCGAAGACUUCUAUGUCCCCAGACAGUCGCUGGCCGAAAGGCUUGAGGAUGGCACCAUCUCAUUCCUGGACAUCAUAGCACUGAACCAUGGAUUUGAUGCACUGGAACGCCUCACAGGGGGGAUGGAGAACAUUAGGCAGCACACUUUCACGUUGGCACAGUACACCUACACAGCCCUCACCUCCCUCCGGUACCCCAACGGAGCCCCUGUGGUGCGGAUUUACAGCGAUUCCGAGUUCAGCAGUCCUGAGGUUCAGGGGCCAAUCAUCAAUUUCAACGUGCUGGAUGACCAGGGAAUUGUCAUCGGCUACUCCCAGGUGGAUAAAAUGGCCAGUCUUUACAACAUCCAGGUGAGGACCGGCUGCUUCUGUAACACAGGGGCCUGCCAGAGGUUUCUGGAGAGAAGCAACGAGAUGGUCAAGAAGCACCUUCAGGCUGGUCACAUCUGUGGAGACAAUAUUGAUGUCAUAGAUGGGCAGCCUACAGGGUCUGUGAGGAUUUCGUUUGGAUACAUGUCUACACUUGAGGAUGCCCAGGCCUUCCUCAAGUUCAUCAUAGCAACCCGACUGGGCUCGUCGGAUGGCCAGUCCCUCCCUCGGACCCCUAAUGGAGAGGCUGCAGUUCCGAUGGUAGACCAGAAGGUGCUGGGCGCUCUUGCUAACACAGAUGGACGAAGUCCCUCACCUCAGGAAGAUACUCUCGCAGACUCUGGAGUUUGGGAUGACUUGUCCACCACCGUGAAUGCUAUGGAUCUGUGUCUACCUGUGUGUGAGGUGGAUGGAAGCCUGCAGACCCCUUCAGAGAAAGCCGAGGGUAUCCCGAAUGGGGGCCUUGGACCACAUCUUGUCACCAACCUCUACCUCUACCCAGUCAAAUCCUGUGCUGCGUUUGAGGUCACCAAGUGGCCUAUAGGAAACCAAGGGCUGCUGUAUGACCGGAACUGGAUGGUUGUGAACCACAAUGGGAUUUGCCUGAGUCAGAAACAGGAGCCCCGACUCUGCCUGAUCCGGCCUACCAUUGACCUGCAGCAAAGGAUCAUGGUCCUCCAAGCCAAAGGGAUGGAGCGUAUAGAGGUGCCUCUGGAGGACAACAGUGGACGGGCUCACAUUUGCCAAAGCAAGGUCUGUUCUGACAGAGUAAAUACUUACGACUGUGGAGAAGAAGUUUCCACGUGGUUAUCAAAGCUUUUUGGCCGUCAGUGUCGUUUGAUCAAGCAAAGUUCAGAUUUCCAAAGAAACGCAAAGAAGAAACAUGGAAAAGAUCCCUCUCCUGGGACCACAGCCACCCUUUCUUUGGUGAAUGAAGCCCAGUAUUUGCUGCUCAACAGGUCAAGUGUUUUGGAACUUCAACAGCAGUUAAGCAGGAGUGAUGAAAAUGGAAAGGAGGAAUUAUUCCCCAUGAGCGAUCUCAUCUCUCGUUUCCGUGCCAAUAUUGUGACCAAUGGGACAAAGGCUUUUGAAGAGGAAAACUGGGAUGAGGUUUCAAUUGAUUCCUUGCAGUUCCAGGUUUUGGGACCUUGUCAUAGAUGCCAAAUGAUUUGCAUCGACCAGCAAACGGGGCAACGAAGCCAAGAUGUUUUCCAGAAACUUUCUGAGAGUCGAAAGAGAAAGGUGAACUUUGGGGUGUACCUGAUGCAUAUGCCUUUGGAUUUAUCUUCUCCACGCUUCCUGUCUGUAGGAUCUCAGGUGCUCCCCGUGUUGAAAGGAAGUGAAGACUGUCACCAUUUACUGGUUCCUGAGAAAUGA